AUGGCAGAGGAGUUACAGUACGCAAGGGGAGUAGGCGAAUCAAACAAGCGCAAGUAUGAGGACCACCAGACUUCGCCGGCGAUAGGAGUGCGGAGGCCGACGGGCUUCUCUUCGCCUCCGCCCCCAUCGUACAACAGCGUUCCGCCUCCCUUGAACGAGAUCGAGUUGGCCAAGCAGAAGGCUCAGGAGAUCGCCGCCAGACUCCUUAACACUUCUGAUCCCACCAAAAGAGCCAGAGUCGAGAAUGGAGCCGGUGGAGGCUUCGAUUCCAACGAUCAGAGUUUUUUGCAAAAGCCCAUGGGAUUGGGUCUUAGUGCUCCCCCACAAGUUGCAUCAUAUGGUUAUCCAGGAGGACCAGGACAGAGUAAGAAAAUCGAGAUACCAAAUGGCAGGGUAGGUGUGAUUAUUGGCAAAGGCGGUGAGACAAUUCGGUACCUUCAGGUUCAGUCUGGUGCAAAAAUUCAAGUCACCAGAGACAUGGAUGCGGACCGAAAUUCUGCUACCAGGGAGGUUGAGCUCAUGGGUACUCCUGACCAAAUAGAAAAGGCUGAGCAGUUGAUCAAUGACGUUCUUGCUGAGGCUGAAGCAGGUGGUUCUGGCUCAGUUUCCCGUCAGCUCGGACCAUCUUCUGGAGCAGAACAGUUUGUAAUGAAGAUCGCUAAUAAUAAGGUUGGCCUUGUCAUUGGUAAAGGAGGUGACACCAUUAAAAAUAUGCAAGCAAGAUCUGGGGCUCGAAUUCAGGUGAUACCCCUGCACUUGCCACCAGGUGAUACAUCUAGAGAAAGGACGUUACAAAUUGAUGGCACCAGUGAACAGAUUGAAAUUGCAAAACAGUUGGUCAAUGAAGUCACCAGUGAGAAUCGCCUCAGAAAUCCAGCUAUGAGCGGGGGAUAUCCUCAGCAAGGUUAUCAAGCUCGACCUCCAGCAAAUUGGGGUCAGCCAGGUCCACCAAUGCAACAACUUGGUUAUGGCUAUGUCCAGCCUGGUGCGUACCCCGGUCCAUCUCCCCAUCCGAAUCAGCCGCCUUAUGCUGGUUAUCCGCCUCAACCCACAUCUGGUGGAUAUGCCACUGCCUGGGACCAAACAACUGCACCACCAAAUCAGCCGCCUGCUCAAGAAGGUGGCUAUGAUUACUAUAGCCAGCAACCACCUCCACAACAGCAAGCUCCUGGAGGUUCUGGUGCUCCUAUGGACAGUACUGCUUAUGUUUACAAUCAGCCACCAGCUUACAAUAAAGGACAAGGUUACCCCCAAGAUAACUAUGGUGGAUAUUAUGCAGGCGCCCCACAAUCUGGUUAUGGUCAGCCCCCAGCAAAUCCCGUCCCAGGCUAUGAUCAGCAGCAACAAGUUUAUAAUGCUACCUAUAGUAAUGUCUCCAAUCCAACACCCGAUGGGCACACGCCAACGUAUGGAACCCAGGGCGAUGCCAAUCAAGCACCUGCCUCUGGUCAGUUGUACAAUGCUGGUGGGCAGCCUAACCCUAAUCCCAAUUACGCCCCUCAAGGUUCGACCCAGCCAGCUUAUGGGGCACUCCCAACUUCACAAGGUGGUUUUGGAACCCAACCACCUGCCAGUUAUGGCCCUCCUCAGGCUCAAAAACCUCCAACUGGCCAGCCAGCUUACGGGCAGCAACCGCAGCAGUCGCCUAGUUCUCAAGGAGGUUAUGUUCAGCCUGGCUAUCCUCAUUCUCAGCCUUUACCUGCUCAAACGGGUUACUCUCAGACAGAUUCUGGUGCCCAGAGACCACCAUCAGCUUUCUCGACAUCCCAGGCAGGGUAUGGUCCUCCAACCUACAGUGCACCGCAACCAACUCAACCUAACUACGGGCAACAACAGCCACCACCAUAUAACAGUUCUUAUGGUGGUGGGUAUUCCCAACCUCCAGCUUACCCUGCUGAUGGCUCAAUGGGUGGUAGUGCAGUCGGGAGUUAUGAUGCAGCACCGACUUCUCAAAUUGCCCAGCAACCUAGUGGGGCUCCCAAAGCCUCGCCCCCGGCCUAA